AGUACACCCCUCGAGGGGGUGAGAAGCUCAAACCCACAUAGUAUUUGUAGGCCUAAACUGAGACCAACCGUCUUCACUUCCCUCUUUUCUAAGGAUUUAACUCCAAUGCAACUUUAACUCUUCUCCUAAACUAAUUAAUCAAUGCAAUUACUAAUCACAAAUCAGAAAUCACACAAUAACAUUGCAAGAUUAAACCUUUCUCCACUUUUACAUUCAUUCCACCAAGAAAGACUCUUUUUUUUUAGUUUUUAUUACCAUCAUUUUUCUUUAAAAAUUUCCAUUUUUGGUGGGAAAAAAAGAUGCCCACUUUAAUUUAUGCUUUCAUAUUCACUUUGUUCAUGACUUUUGGGCAAUUUGGUGCAAUACCCAUUUCUAAUUUCAUCCAAAAAUCACUUAAAAAUGAUAAAGUUACAGCCUUUAAUCAUCAAAAUUGCAAGAAUGAAACUUGUGGUAGUUUUCAAGUAUCAUUCCCAUUUUACAUAAAUAAUGUAUCAUGUGGGUGGUCUAAUAACCCACCUUUAUCUAAUUUAUUUCAACUCACUUGUAUUAAUUCAACUUCCCCUUACCUCAACAUUGAUUCCCAAAAUUAUAGAGUUUUGGAAUUCUUUGAUGAUGGGGUUUUGGUAGAUUUUCCUGGGUUUUCUAACACUUGCCGCCCUUAUAAUGAUUUGAACUCAUUUGGGUUUAAAGGGAGAGGGAAUGAUUGUUUUGGGAUUUCUAGUGAUAAUGUGAUUGGUUUGUAUGAUUGUGAGGAUUCUUUUUUGUGUAAGGCUAAUUGUGAAGCUAAUGAUCUGCCUGGUUGUGAUAGGAAUGGGAAUGGGAGCGGGCCAGCUUGUUGUUAUCCUUUAGCUGAUCAUAGCGUAUGGCAUAUUGGAGAUGAUUUUGAUGUGUUUUCUAAGUUUGAGUGCAGGGGUUUUUCUUCAUGGGUUGUUCCAAGAGGAAUGAAUUCUGGGAAAAGAGGGGUAAAAUUGGAAUGGGCAUUUCCUAUGAAUUCAUCUCAAGAAAUUUGUGAUGUUAAUGCACAUAAAGUGAAUGCUACUACUGUUAAGCAUGGAUUUAGGUGUUUAUGUAAUGAUGGUUUUGUGGGAGAUGGUUAUGUCAAUUCUACUGGAUGUUUGAAAUCAUGCUUCAAGGAUGGAAAGGAAGAAUUUGGUACAGAUUGUGAAGCAGGAAGACACAGCAGAAGGAAGAUGAUAAUACUAGCAGGAGUUUUGACAUCAGCUUUAGCCCUUGCCUCAUUGUUUGCCCUUCUAUGCAUGAUAAAAAGGUCAGUGAAAUGUACGGCGUAUGGGUGUUCCCACAAGCCGGAAUAUUGCAGCACAUUAUCAUUCCGAAAAUCUUGUAACACGCGGCUUUUCACCUUACAUGAACUAGACGAAGCCACAAAUGGAUUCAACGACGAGCAGAAAGUGAUGGAAAGUUGUGGUGGCAGUGUCUUCACCGGAACCCUUAAAGACGGUUGUCACAUUGCAGUUCAGAGGGUGAAAUGUGAGAAUGAGAAGGAGCUCAUGCAAGUAUUGACACGGGUUCAGCUCUUAUCCACCAUAAUGCACCGCAAUUUAGCUCAUAUCUUCGGUUGUUGUAUCGACUCUGGUUACUCUCCUAUGGUUGUGUAUGAAUUUCCCGAAAAUGGAACCCUUCAACACCAUUUGCACAAAAGGAAAGAUCAAAAUAUUGGGCUUGAUUGGUACAAAAGGUUAAGCAUUUCUGCUCAAACAGCUAGUUUACUUGCUUUUUUACAACAUGAGGUUUCUCCUCCUGUUUCCCAUCAUAAUCUUAAGACAAGUACCAUAUUUCUAGACCUAGAUUUCAAUGUCAAACUAGCCUGUUUUGGGUUGUUUAGUGACAUAAAUUUGUAUAACACUGAUGUUUAUGAAUUGGGUGUGUUUCUUUUGGAGAUUAUCUCGGGCUCAACCCACAUAGAUAUGCCUACAAUCGCCUUUCAGAAGACUAGGGACGGUAAGUUAGAGGAGAUCGUCGAUCCCCUUCUUUACUACCACGAACAACCUCCUUAUAGACGAGAACAGAUUCACAGAGUUGCUGAUAUCGCUAUGCGCUGCUUGCUAUUUGGUGGGGACGGAAAGCUUAGGAUGCUCGAUGUUGCUCAAGAACUCGUGCACAUCACCAAGGACAGCAUCGAUGGAGGUAGUAGAUGGGGCCCCGCAUUGGAGGAGACUUUCUCAAAUUCGAGUCUUCUUCAGAUGAUUUCUGUAUCUCCUGAUUCAAUCUAUGUCCCCUGAAUCUUAAAAUGGUUUAUGUUUUCUUACGUGCUUAUGUUUUCUUGUUUCUUCUAUCUUGUAAGUUGUUAAUUGUUACUGCAUUUUGUAUAUGCAUAUAUAUUAUUAAGGGGAACAAUGUUCAUUCUGUACAUAUCUCAAGUUAUUUAUGCUCUAGUCUAUUCUCAAUGUGGCCAGAGCCUUGUUUUUCAGACUCAUCAUUAUCAUAUCCAAUAUCCCGCUCGAAAGCAGGGUCUGAGUAAAAAAAAAUGACGAAUAAUUCAAACCUGUACUCCCUUCACAGGGAGGGCUAGAGGAAUACGGUCGAUUUUACUGAAGUGACAUUACGAACUAAAGAAAAUCACUCGUGAAAUCAUUUUGUACCUCUUACUAAAGUGACGUUACAGAUGAUAUUUGCUAUCAAAUGUUAGUUGAAAACAACCGUUUUGUAACUACAAGAGUAAUAUUGUGUAAUUCUAAUCCUAAACCCUGUCUAAAUGAGAACAAAUCAAUAACACCGAGUAAAUGAAAUAGGAACACAUAAUACUCCCUCCUAUUCUCCCUAUUAGUCUCAUUUUCAAAUAGAGUUAAGUCACUCUAUUAGUCACAUUUUCAUUUAUAAUGUGUAUUUUUUACUUUAUUACCCUCACUCACAUUACCUUAUUACAAUUAUCUAAUGAAAAGCCAUUAACAAUUUACUUACUACACUUUUUCUUUUUUUUCUAACGGGUCCCAUUUGACCAACCUAAAAAUUAGUGAAAAGCUAAAUGGGACUAAUUAAAAGAAUAUGAGGGAGUAAUACUUUAAUUGUUACCCUGUAACCUAUGUUAAAAUGUACAAAAACUUGAUUUGAGUAGUAAAUAGGAGG